UUCCGGUUGGUGAUUACGAAUUGUCUUUAACUAAAGCAGAAAUCUUAAAAACCGGUAAAGAUGUUACAUUUGUUGGAUAUGGGUCACAAAUAUAUAUUCUGGAAAAGGCUAUACAAAUGGCUGAGAAAAAUAUACCAGUCGCAGAGUCUGUGAAUAAAACCGGUAGAUUAAUGAUUUCUCAUGAAGUGCAGAAGUAUCAACAAGUAUAA